AAUUCGUCCUUGACGCAUCGUCCUUCUUUCUCGAUCCUCCUUCCGCGCCCAUCUCUCGUACUGCGUUGCUCCCCGACAGCCUUCCUCUGACUUGUGGCCUGUUGUGCCCUGUCUUCAAACCCUGACGGCGCCCGCGCCAAACGGGCAAACUCGCAAGGCCUCUAUACCUGUUUUUCUUUCGCGUCGCCAUGAUCGUUCCUCUGUCGACGCUAGCUCUGGCGGCCGCCGCGCUGUCCUCUACCGGCCUUGUUCACGCACUCUCUGCCACCGACAUCCGCUCCGACGCCCCUAUCUCUUCCCUGCUCUCCUCGGCACAGUCUCACCUAGCAAGAGGCGAAACGAGCGAGGCAUUGGCGUACUACGAUGCCGUCAUUGCCCGUGACCCCUCCGACUACUUGACCUUCUUCAAGCGCGCCACUACCUACCUCUCCCUCGGUCGCACGUCGCAAGCCACCUCCGACUUCAAUAAGGUCUUGGAGCUGAAGCCUGGCUUUGAGGGCGCGCAUAUGCAGCUUGGAAAGCUGAAGGCGAGAGCUGCCGACUGGGAUGGAGCCAAGGAUCACUACCUCUCGGCCAAUCGUAAGGCGGGCAGCCCCGAGUUCGAUAGCCUGGUUGAGGCGCAGGGCGCAGCAAAACUAGCAGAAGCAGCGGCAAAUCAAGGGAACUGGGACGAGUGCAUCAGCCAAGUGGGAGAGGCCAUCUUCGUCGCAAACCGGGCGGCCCCCCUCCGCGAACUGCGUGUCAGGUGCCGGUUCGAGAAAGGCGAGGUUGAGGAGGGCAUGAACGAUCUGCAACACAUCCUCCAGAUGAGGGCGGGUGACACCACUCCGCACCAACAGAUUUCUGCGACUACAUUCUAUGGGUUGGGCGAUCUGGAGCAGGGCAUGGCGCAGAUCAAGAAGUGUCUACACUCGGAUCCGGAGUCGAAGCCGUGCAAGAAGUUAUUAAAGCAACAAAAGAGCAUCAGCAAGACACUAGCCAAGGUCAACAAGGCCUUAGAGAGGAACCAGCCCAUGACCGGCGUGAAGCUGCUCGUGCCCUCUGGCGAAGAGCAGGGCCUAAUUGACGAAGUCGAGGGGCAGAUCAAGGAACUUAAGCAGAGAGGUAUCAUCCCGGCGCGCGCGCCAAGUACCCUGCUGGCAAGACUAGUCGAGAUGGCCUGCCAAGCCUACUACGAGGCGAACAGCAAGAAGGCCAGCAUAUACUGUUCGAAAUCUCUAGCGCUAGACGAGAACUCCUUCUACGGCCUUCUGUAUACGGCAAAGAUCCAGAUGGAAGCCGAGGAGUUCGAGCACUGUAUCGGCACACUCAACAAAGCUGCCGAGGCUAGGGCCGACAAGCGGGAUAUCGUCCAACCCCUCCAACAGAAGGCGCAAGUCGCACUCAAGCGCAGCAAGACCAAAGAUUACUACAAGGUUCUCGGCGUCUCCCACGACGCCGACGCACGGCAGAUCAAGGCAGCCUACCGAAAGCUGACCAAAAUCCACCACCCGGACAAGGCCGCGAAGCAAGGCCUAACUAAGGAGGCGGCUGAGAAGAAGAUGGCGAGCAUCAACGAGGCGUACGAAGUAUUGAGCAACCCAGAGCUAAGGGAGAGAUUCGACAGGGGGGACGAUCCAAACUCUCACGAUCAGCAGAACCCGUUCCAGGGGCACCCGUUCGGCGGUGGCAACCAAUUCAUGUUCCAGCAGGGCGGUGGUCAACAAUUCCAAUUCAAGUUCGGAUCUGGGGGCGGUGGCUUCCCGGGAGGGUUCCCAUUCGGCUAAAAGCCUCGCAUGUGAGGUUGUAAGUUUUUUUUUUUCUUUUUCUUUCGGGAUGGAAUCAGAGGGCUGGAGUUUGCGGCGAGGUGUAGAUACCUAUGUUCUUUUCCUCCUAGGCCGGCGUACAGCCGUAAUAUAUAUUCGACUAGGAACGGAUACGCCCUCGGCGGCGAUGUCCAACCAGCGACCCAACCAGUGUU